CACCCUUCUCCUUCAUGCGUCUGUGCCACCAAAUUUAUGGCCUCAUGCCGUUCUCAUGACAACAUAUUUACAUAACAUUCUUCCUUCCAAGUCUCUCUCCUAUACCUUUCCCACACUCGCUCUAUAUCACAAACAACCAUCAUAUUCUCACUUACGUAUCUUCGGUUGUCUGUGUUACCCCCAUAUUCCCACCCCCACAAACUCGCUGCCCGUACCACUCCGUGUGUAUUUCUGGGUUUUCCGUCUCAACACAAGGGAUACAAAUGCCUUGACCUCACCACACACCGCCUAAUUAUAUCCCGACACGUCAAUUUUGAUGAGUCCAACUUUCCCUUUAAAAAUCCCACUCCUGUAUCCCCACCGUCAUAUGACUUUCUCCAAGACAACCCAUCCCCAUUUAUCUUAUCUCAAUUAUCUCAAUUAUCACCCACUCCCACACACAGCCCCACACCCAUUAUGCCAAACUCACUUCCUGAACAACCUACGGCUCCCAUCUCACCUUUAUCCCAUCAACUACCUCUGGACCAACCUCAGUCCAAUAAUUCUCUUGUUUCUCCAGUAAACAACAAUACCCAACAUCCAAUGACUACCCGGAGCAAGGCUGGCAUAUUCCGCCCCAAGCCAAUAUUUAGUCUCAACUCUCACCAUACCACCUCCCUCAUAUCCUCACCCCUACCCAAAUCACACAUUGACGCCCUCCGUAACCCCAACUGGAAAUCAGCUAUGAUUUCUGAAUUUACGGCUCUUAUUAAUAAUAAGACGUGGGAGUUGGUUCCCCGUCCUACUAAUGCUAAUGUUAUUCGGUGCAUGUGGUUAUUUAAGCAUAAAUACAGGUCCGACGGGAGUCUUGAACGACACAAAGCACUCUUGGUCGUCAACGGCAAAUCACAACGUCUGGGUAUUGACUGUGAUGACACCUUCAGCCCUGUCGUCAAACCAGCCACCAUCCGUACGGUUCUCAGCAUUGCUCUCUCCCAUAAUUGGCCCCUUCAUCAACUUGAUGUCAACAAUGCCUUCCUUCAUGGUUUUCUUGACGAGACCGUCUACAUGCAUCAACCGCCGGGAUUUACAGACCCUUCACGACCUUCUCAUGUGUGCCUUCUUAAAAAAUCUUUGUACGGUUUAAAACAAGCCCCACGGGCUUGGUAUCACCGCUUUGCCUCUCAUGCUGCGAAACUGGAUUUUCACCAUAGCAAAGUUGACCACUCCUUAUUUAUCUACCAUCACAAUGGAACUACUGCUUACCUUUUGCUAUACGUCGACGAUAUUGUUCUCACGACAUCAACUCCAACACUUCUCCGUAACCUUAUUGCUCAACUGGGGGCUGAAUUUUCACUUAAAGAUUUGGGCCCACUAACAUUUUUUCUUGGCAUUGCAGUCACUCGCCAACCUGAACGUCUUGUUUUAUCACAACAAAAAUACGCCACAAAGAUACUUCACCGAGCAGGUAUGGCAUCCUGUAACUCCUCAAGCACCCCGGUGGACACUAGGGCCAAACUUAGUGCUGAUGACGGCCCACCGGUUCCAAACCCCACUCUCUACCGUAGUUUAGCCGGUGCACUCCAAUAUCUCAAAAUAAAAAAUUGUUAAGCCUUUAGUUUUUGACCCUGCUGAACCAAAUUCCCGGCUCCGCCCCUGCGCGAAACAUUGGUGUCUUGCUCUACAAAUUCACAAAAGAGUAUACAAUAUUACUUAUUAAAGAAUUAAUUACACUUUUUAGUUUUUCUUUUAAAUAUUGUACUCCCUCUGUCUCGUUAAGAAAUUCUUAUUUUUCCUUUUCGGUCCGUCCAACUAAGAUUGUUGUUGGAAAAAUGUGUUGGAAAUUGCAUUAAAUGGUCAUUUUGGGGCAAUAUUUUGAGUGGGGGUCCACUUACGAUUUGGGUCGGGUCAAAGUGGUUUCGGAUUUUCCUUGUUAAGGGCUACAAUUCGAUAUAUGGUACGCUCAAAACGGAUAACGGGUGAAUGAGAAAUUGAUUCUCGAAGUUCACUCGUUAGAAUAGAGAAGACUAGAAAAAUGAUGAGUUUCUAGUGUGGUUUUUCUCACACCGGAAAACCCAAGGGAAUUUGAACCCUUUAUAAAGGGAAACCCCCCUUAAGGAGUUAAGAUUCCUUAGGGUAAAGGCUCUCUCCACGCGCGCAGGGGGGGUGCGAAUCAAAUCCCGAAACUGGAGAAACAAAAAGCCCGACUUGCGUGCGCGGGCGACCUGCGGACACGAAUGUCGUCCGAAAAUUCCAUCUUCUAAAGAUAAACGUUAAUUUUUGUUCCUCCGGUUAUUCCUAUUUUUGCUCCGUGCGAGCAGUUGGCUCCACAGCAGACAGCUGCUGGGACGUUACAACGCGAUAAAUGCCCAACGUUCCUUUGCAAUAAAUGGACGGUUUUUUGGACGAAUCAAUGCCAACGAGCUGGACAUUGAUUGCCAACGUUCAUAUCCAUUAAACCUCCAAAUCCUUCCUAUAAGUACCUGGCAGGUGAUUUGCAACAACACACCACUCACAAACGUACUCACGAAUUUUGAGCUCUACAAAAACACCUCCAGUUUCCGAAAUUCCUUCUGUGUUCUAAGCUUUGUUCUCGUUUGUUGGAACUUUAGUUUGAGUGCUAAACUAUUGUUCGAAGUCAUCGUAUCCUGGGAAACGAUGGUUGCAACGCUCCUAGCACCCCGGGAGGCAACGAAUACGUUUUAAGGAAAUCGUGCGUGGCACGAGCUUUGGCUUAUUCUACUUCAACUCAUUUCUUGUUUUUCCUUUAAGUCAUUUUAUUUAAUUAAUUUUUAUCAAUUAAUUUUCUUUGUUUUUCGAAACACACCCAACAAUUGUCUCAUACCAAUUUUUGUAAAGUUUGUGCGGUACUAAAUCAUUUUUACUUUAUUUUUUAAUUUAUCAAUCCAAUAGCAACCACAUAAACUUAGUUUUCUUAACAAGCAUACCACCUUUUCAUGUCCCAAAGUUAG